ACGGGCCAGGGGCAGCAGUGUCUCUUUGGCAAUCACAGUGAGCAGAGGACACUGAGCAGGACCAGACAACCUUGAGAGGAGAUAAAGAGAAGCAGGAAGAGAAAGCAGAUCAAGCAGAAACAGCAGACGUUUAAGUGGUAGCAGGAGAUAGUUUAAGCAGGCAAGCAGACAGCAAGCACAGCCUUCAUUGAUACAGCCUUGAGGACCUAGCGCCAUGGUGUCCCCGGCAGACAGGCUCACCCACGCCCUCACAGAAACCGCCCCGCCGCCCGUACCCGAAGGCAUGGCGUGCGUGGGCGUGGCGCGGCGCAGCAGCAGCGUGGCGGCGCGCGGCGAGGGCCUCCGCGUGGUGCCCGUGCGUCGCAGUAGCAGCGCGCGCAGCACCGCCAGCUGCUGCCUGAGGCGUAAGGGCAGCACGCGCAGCACCGCCAGCAGGUCCAGCACCUCCAGCUCCUGCGGCUAUUGCCUCAGCAGGAUCGGCGCCGCGCCCUCUCGCAAGACCUCCUCCGCCAGCAACGGCAGCGGCAAGGCGCGCCACCACCACCACCGCGGCCAGCAGGGCGCGCACCGCGACAAGCAAGACAAGCAGAAGGAGCAGCAGGAGAAGCAGAAGGACCAGCAGAAGGAGCAGAAGGAGAAAAAAGAACAGCCGGCCCAGCAGGAGCAGCAGGGCCAGCAGGGUCGGCGCCGGUCGUCGGGCAGCGGGCUGCCGUGGGCCGAGUGUCGGCGACGCCUGGGCCAGCACCCGCACCUGUGCCUGGACGACGCCGAGGAGGCCGAGGAGGCGGCGGCGGCGGCGGCGGCGGACGAGGAGUGCCUGACGGCCAUGAUGGGGCGGCGCGGCGCGGGCGAGGCGGCGGCCAAGGCGGCGGCGCGGCAGGUGAGCGCGGCGCUGCGGCACGUGCACGCGGCGGGUCUCGUGCACCGCGACGUGCGGCCCGAGCACGUGCUGGUGGAGGGGCGGCGGCCGCUGCUGCUGCGGCUGGCGGGGCUACGGCGCGCCGCAGAGCAGGGCGCCAUGGUGCGGCGCGGCGCGGCGGACGAGGCGUGGCUGCCGCCCGAGGUGCUGGCGCUGCUGCCCGCCGAGGGCUACGCCGCCUCGCCCGUGCAGGACGCCUGGCAGCUGGGCCUGCUGCUGGUGGCCUGCCUGACGGGGGCGCUGCCCUGGGCCGCCGCGGACCCCGCCGACCCACACUACGCCGCCUGGGCCGCCUGGGCGCGCAGGCAGUCCACGCGCCUGCCGCCGCGCUUCCGCGCCUUCUCUCCGCGUUUCCUGCGCCUGCUGCGCCGCCUGCUGCAGCCGCGCCCCGAGCUGCGCGGCGGCGCGCGGGAGGUGGACAAGUACCUGCAGGACGCGUGGCUGGCGGCCCCGGCGGACAAGGGCCCCGCGGCGGGUGGGCUGCGGCGCCGCGUGGGCGCCGUGAUGGCUUCGCUGGCAAGGCUGCUGGGGCCCGCCGCCCCCGCCCCCACUUCCCACAGGGUGUCCUUCGACGACGAUCCCCGCGACUCCCCUGAGCUGCUGCCCGCCUGAGACCGCCCCGCCCCUCCCCCCUGAACCCCAGCCCCGGGGUGAUGACCGCCCCAAUGGACGCCAGGAGUGCCCCGCCCCGGGCCCCGCUACGGCCCGGCGCCGCCCAUACACGCCCCAAGGCGUUGGGCACGGCGGCGGCGCGCACCACCACCGUGUGGUGACCUGGUGACCAUCACCCCUCACCUGCCCUCACCACCACCGCCACCACCACCUGCUGUACUGUCAGGCUCCCGGAGCUGCCUGGUGCGGCCCAGCGGCCUCCCGCAGCCUCCUCGCGUCCUUAUGUUCCCAAGUACCGAGAGAACUAACACUCACCCGCUCCUCAGCCUCGGCCUGCCCGGCGCUGCCUCGGCCUGCACGCGGCCUGCAAGGGAAGAUAAACCUGGUUAGGAAGAAGGGCAGGGCAGCAACACCAGAGAACACAACACACCGCCGCUAUGAUGAUGGCACGGAGGCACGGGAAUGUUGCGCCAAUACUGAAUAACACUACUUGGUUGUUGCGGCAAUACAUACUACACGACACUGUUGUAGUGUGUCACCGCCGCCGCGCCGCUGUGACGGCGCGGCGGCGGUGCGGGAAUGAUGCAUGAAUAAAAGAUGACUGUUCUA